GUGCAUAUCGGACAACGGAGCAGCAGAGCGGCUGGCGAGACUCCGCAUCCUCACCGAGUGAGUUUUCUGCUUUUAAACAUCCAGCGCAAGUGCUUGGCGACUGGAAAAAAUAUAUAUAUAACGGUGUUACCUCAGAGAGGGGACAACUGCAUUGUCGGAAGUAUUGCUUGAGCUCAGCCACCGGGACUACUGGGAAGAUUUCAAGGCAGAAACACGUUUCUCGCGCGGAGCUGCCAGCUGAAGCUCCGUGCUCCAUCCCCACUCAACAGCACAACGUCCACGCACAAGUCGGCUGUUCCGAGCCGUGCAAGUCGGCUUCAGCCUCUAAUCAAGCCGAGAGAUUUCCGAGGAGUAGUGAAAGAGGUGUCUCUGAAGAAUCCACACUGUGCUGAAUUGCAAACGCGGUCAUUGUAAGAAACGUACCGCAUCGCGCUCAGCUCCCCGCUUCCUGCAAGUUUGGACUAAAGCGCACCGUUGGAAGUUUAUGUGCCGCUGCUUCGGACAGGCUCGAAGAAGCUCCAUGCAGGUAGAGUGGCUGGAAGGCUGAAUGGACUGAAGAAGUGGGCGACAGAGGUUCAGAAGUGGGGAGGAGGGUUUGGGGGGAAAUCGGUUACAGGACGAAAAUCAAAGCCACAGGAGGAAGAGGAGAGGGGGAAAAAAGCAGUGAAAUAAUCCAGUGGUGAGUGUCUCAGGAGAGUGCCGGUGGUGAAGGGGAGCGGAGUUGGAUACCCAGCAUGCAGGCAGCAUGGAAAGGGUGAGGGAGCAGCGGCCUUUCUGCUCGCUGUCCAAGAGCCAGAGAGACCGAGAGAGACACUGUGAGAGAGACAAGGAUCGAGAGCGCCGUUACACCGCCUCCUCAUCAGACCGGGACGAGGGAGCCUGCCGCGUGCCCACUCAGAAAUCGUACAGCUCCAGUGAGACGCUCCAGGCCUUUGACCAUGACCCUUCACGAAUGCUCUUUGGAGGAAGAGUCAAGGAGAUGGUCCAUAAGGAAACUGCAGAGUACACAAGGCCAGGUCAGACAUUUUCGCUAAGGCAACUCGGGAUUUGUGAGCCACCGGCUCGCAGAGGCUUGGCUCUCUGCCCCGAGACUGGCCUCUCCCACCCACUCAGCAGCUAUUCCAGAGGACCCGUCGCUACCGAAAACCAUGAACCUGUAUCACCAGAACGUACCAUUACUCUUUGGGGGACAGGGGCAAAAUCGGGGCAGAAUUCAUGCCUUUCCAGCCGCUCUAACUCGGCGCUCACACUCACUGACACAGAAAUGGACAAUAAAUCGGACAAUGAGAUGGGUGACCAUCUGUCAAGUCAGCAAGCUCCACCUCCUCUGCCACCAGCUCCACCCCCACACAAGCAACACCCCUCCAUCACUUCCCUGAGCCGCAGCUCACUGGCCAAUCAAAGGAGCCCGAGUCCACCACCCACAGCCGGCCUGGCGGCUGACUUGCAGAGUACGGCGGAAUGCGUCCAGCUGCAGGACAGCUGGGUCCUGGGCAGCAAUGUGGCCCUGGAGAGCAGGCACUUUCUUUUUAAAACGGGCACAGGGACGACACCUUUCUUUGGCGCAGCAGCCCCUGGGUACACCAUGGCAACGGGGACUGUUUACUCCACACCUGCGCGCCCUUUGCCCAGAAACAGCCUGUCCAGGGGGGCUUUCAAGUUUAAGAAGUCCCCUAAACAUUGCUCCUGGAAAUGCACCGCCCUGAUUGCUGUAGGCAUAGCUGUGGUUCUGUCCAUCAUUCUCUGCUACUGCAUAGCAAUGCACCUUUUCGGCCUCAAUUGGCAGCUCCAAGAGUUGGACAACCAGCCGGCUUUUGAAAAUGGAGGAGUUGGGAAAACAGGGCCCACUCAGUCGAGUGUAGGGACAGCUCUGGCUGCUGAUGGACGGACUAGCGUGCUUCAUCCGGAAAACAACUCCAUCGAUACUGGGCAGGUGGACAUAGGGAAGCGAGUGGGUCAGAGCAUUCCACCGGGUGUGUUCUGGCGCUCUCAAAUAAACAUGGAGGAACCGGGCUUUCUUAAGUUCAACAUUUCAGUACAGAAAAACGCACUGAUUGGAGUCUAUGGACGAAAGGGCCUCGCACCAUCUCACACUCAGUAUGACUUUGUCGAGCUACUGGACGGCAGUCGGCUUAUCGCCAAAGAGCAUCGGGCUCUGAGUGAACCGGACACAAGGGCCCGCUCAGACCCAGUUGCCGUCCACCAAGCUGGAUUCAUCCAGUACCUGGACUCAGGAGUGUGGCACUUUGCGUUUUAUAAUGACGGACGGAACGUGGAGACGGUCUCUUAUAACACCAUCAUCCAAGAAUCGGUGACAGAGUGCACACACAAGUGCUAUGGGAACGGGGAGUGUGUGGCAGGAUCGUGUCACUGUUUCCCAGGAUUCAUAGGACCGUAUUGUUCCAGAGCCGCCUGUCCAGUGUUGUGCAGCGGUAACGGCCAGUACACCAGGGGGCGCUGUCAGUGCUACAGUGGCUGGAAAGGCACCGAGUGUGACGUUCCUGCGUCCCAGUGUAUUGAUCCUCAGUGCGGGGGACAUGGGCUCUGUGUUGCUGGAAACUGUGCGUGCAACACAGGACACAAAGGAACCAACUGUGAACAAGUGGACUGUGUGGACCCGACGUGCUCUGGUCACGGAGCCUGUCAUCAUGGCGAGUGCCACUGUAACCCAGGCUGGGGAGGGAUCAGUUGUGAGAUCCUGAAGAGCACUUGUCCAGAGCAGUGCUCCAGUCACGGCACCUUCAACACCGACUCGGGAACCUGCAUCUGCGAGGCGAACUGGACAGGUGCCGACUGCUCCAUAGAGGUGUGUGUGGUGGACUGUGGCCCCCACGGCUCCUGCAUAAGUGGUGUGUGUCACUGCGAGGAAGGCUGGACAGGACCAGAAUGUGAGCAGAGGGACUGUCACCCACGCUGCAUCGACCACGGAGUCUGCCGAGAGGGCAAGUGUGACUGCCACCAGGGCUGGACGGGUGAACACUGCACCAUCGCCCUGGAUUCAAGAGUAUCAGGAGCAGUCAAGAUAGGAUAUAAAGACGGCUGCCCCGGGCUGUGCAACAACAAUGGGAGGUGCGUCCUGGAUCAAAACGUCUGGCACUGCAUCUGCCAGUCAGGAUGGAGAGGGCUGGGAUGCGAUGUAGCGACCGAAACGCUCUGUUCAGAUGGCAAGGAUAACGAGGGAGAUGGGCUCAUCGACUGCAUGGAUCCAGACUGCUGCACUCAGAUUGCCUGCCAGGGUCAGACCUACUGUCGUGGCUCACCUGACCCAGCUGCCAUCGCAAGCCAGAGCCAGAGUUCAGCCGCCCAGUCUUCUUCUAAGAGCUUUUAUGAACGCGUCAGUUUUUUGAUCGGCCCCAGUGGCAGUCACGUGAUACCCAGGGAUAACCCUUUCAACAGCAGCCUGGCAUCAGUCAUCCGGGGUCAGGUCCUAACGGGAGACGGGACACCGCUGAUUGGAGUCAACGUGUCUUUUCUGCACUACCCAGAGUACGGCUAUACUAUCACACGGCAAGAUGGCAUGUUUGACCUCUUGGCCAACGGUGGAGCAUCACUGACGCUGAGCUACGAACGAGCUCCCUUCCCCACAUUGCACCGAACAGUGUGGCUGCCCUGGAACGUCUUUCAUGUGAUGGACACAGUGGUGAUGAAGCGGGAAGAGAACGACAUCCCCAGCUGUUACCUGACGGGCCUAGUCAGGCCCAACCCCGUCAUCCUGGCCACACCCCUUUCCACUCUUUACAAGACGUCCCCAGAGGACAGUCCUAUCAUCCCAGAGACCCAGGUCCUUCAUGAGCAAGUGGCCAUACCAGGCAGUGACCUCAACCUGGUCUACCUGAGCUCCAGGGCAGCUGGCUACAAGCCCAUCCUCAAGGUGCUCCUGACCCAGGACCGUCUCCCCUUUGGCCUGAUGAAAGUCCACCUGAUGGUGGCCGUCAUGGGCCGUCAGUUCCAGAAGUCUUUUCCUGCCUUCCCCGACCUUUCUUACACUUUCAUCUGGGAUAAAACAGACGCCUACAAUCAGAAGGUCUUUGGCCUGGCGGAGGCUGUGGUGUCAGUGGGAUAUGAAUACGAGUCCUGUCUUGAUGUGGUGCUCUGGGAAAAGAGGACGGCGGUGUUACAAGGCUAUGAACUGGAUGCCUCCAACAUGGGCGGGUGGAUGUUAGACAAACACCACAUAUUGGACAUUCAGAAUGGCAUACUUUACAAAGGGAGCGGGGAGAACCAGUUUAUCUCUCUCCAGCCCCCUGUGAUUUCCACUGUUAUGGGGAACGGACGGCGUCGAAGCAUCUCGUGCCCCAGCUGUAAUGGGCAGGCCCAAGGCAACAAGCUCUUGGCACCGGUGGCUCUGGCAUGGGGUAUUGAUGGAAGCCUGUAUGUGGGAGAUUUCAACUACAUCCGCCGUAUCUACCCAUCUGGCAAUGUCACAAGUAUCAUGGAGCUGAGUAACAACCCAGCACACCGGUACUACCUGGCGACUGAUCCAGUAAGCGGGCAGCUGUAUGUGUCGGACACAAACUCCCGGAGGAUCUACCGACCGAGAACUUUGGCUGGAAGCAAGGAUCUGCCGUCAAACGCAGAGGUGGUAGCGGGAACCGGCGAACACUGUCUGGCAUUUGAUGAGGACCACUGUGGCGAUGGAGGCAAAGCUCCAGAGGCCUCUCUCACUGGACCCAAAGGCAUUGCAGUGGACAAGAAUGGGCUGAUUUAUUUUGUUGAUGGCACCACAAUCAGAAAAGUGGACCAAAACGGCAUCAUCUCCACUUUCCUCGGUUCGAAUGACCUGACAUCGGCUCGCCCUCUGACCUGUGACAAUAGCAUGGACAUCAAUCAGGUGAAUUUGGAGUGGGCCACAGACCUAGCAGUUAGCCCAAUGGACAACUCGCUGUAUGUUCUGGACAACAAUAUAGUGCUGCGCAUUUCAGAAAAUGGUCAAGUCAGCAUUGCAGCUGGCCGACCUACUCACUGCCCAUUGGCUGGACUGGAGCGGGGAGUGGCUGGUGGUCAGAGGGCACAAUUAACCCCUCUAGAAUCUGCUGUUUCCAUUGCCAUAUCUUACCAUGGUGCCAUCUACAUAGCAGAGACAGAUGAGCGAAAGAUGAGCAGGAUCCGGAAGGUUUCUGUGGAUGGUGAGAUAACGCAUUUGGCCGGGGCUCCCUCCGACUGCGAUUGCAAAAACGAUGCCAACUGCGACUGUUACCAGACAGGGGAUGGUUAUGCCAAAGAUGCAAGGCUCAAUGCUCCAUCUUCUUUAGUGGCAGCUCCAGAUGGAACACUCUACGUGGCAGACCUGGGCAACAUCCGCAUCCGGGCCAUUUCUAGAAACGGGCCAACUUCCAGUGCCAAUACAUAUGAAGUGGCUUCCCCUGAUGCCCAGGAGCUGUAUGUGUUUGACAGCAAUGGUACCCACCAACACACUGCAAGCUUGCUGACUGGUGACUUGAAAUAUACUUUCAGCUACAGCACAGAGAAUGACAUCACAGCUGUUACUGACAGCAGUGGCAACACCCUGAGAAUCCGUAGGGAUCCCAAUCGCAUGCCGGUGCGUAUCGUCGCACCUGAUAACCAGGUGAUCUGGAUGACCAUGAGCACCAACGGUGGACUGAAGACACUCACAGCACAGGGUCAAGAGCUGGUACUUCUUACGUACCAUGGUAAUAAUGGGCUGCUGGCUACAAAGACAUCAGAGAUUGGCUGGACAACAUUCUACGACUAUGACAGUGAAGGACGCCUAAUGAAUGUGACGUUUCCCACUGGAAUGGUGAAUAACUUGUACACGGACCUAUACAGCGCUUUGACGGUGGAUAUUGAAAGUUCCAUGACAGAGGAGGAAAUCAGCAUCACAACAAAUACCUCAACCGUCCGUGCCUUCUACACUUUGGCUCAGGACCAGUGUAGAAGUAGCUACCAAGUGGGGUAUGACAAUUCGCUCAGGAUUACCUAUGCCAACGGGAUGGACACCCACUACCAGACAGAGCCCCACAUCCUGGCAGGCGCUGCCAACCCGACUGUAGCCAGACGCAACAUGAGCUUGCCAGGGGAGAGUGGGCAAAACUUGGUAGAGUGGCGCUUCCGCAAAGAACAAGCCAGAGGGAAAGUUAUCGUGUUUGGACGCAAGCUGAGGGUGAACGGACGGAAUAUUCUUUCCGUUGAUUAUGAUCGCACCCUAAGGACAGAGAAAAUUUAUGAUGACCACAGGAAGUUCCUCUUAAAGAUUAUUUAUGACACCGCAGGACAUCCAGUUCUCUGGGUGCCCAGCAGUAAGCUGCUGCCAGUUAAUGUCAGUCGCACAAGCAGUGGGCAGAUCAGUGCCCUGCAGAGAGGUCCUACCACUGAGAGGCUUGAGUAUGAUAGCCAAGGCCGCCUGAUUUCCAGGGUGUUUGCUGAUGGGAAGAUAUGGAGCUACACCUACCUAGAGCAGUCCAUGGUUCUCCUGCUUCACAGCCAGCGACAGUAUAUAUUCGAUUUCGACUCUCUCGACCGUCUUUCUGCUGUCACCAUGCCAAGUGUGGCCCGCUACACCAUGCAGACCAUUCGUUCAGUGGGUUACUACAGGAACCUUUAUCACCCGCCAGAGAGCAAUGCCUCAGUAGCAGUGGACUACAGUGAAGAUGGCCUCCUGCUGAGAAUAGCUCACUUUGGCACAGGCCGGAGAGUCCUGUACAGGUACCGCAGGCAGAAUAAACUGUCAGAGAUCCUGUAUGACAGCACAAGGGUCAGCUUCACCUAUGAUGAAACAGCAGGUGUGCUGAAGACUGUCAACCUGCAAAAUGAAGGUUUCAUCUGCUCUAUUCGCUACCGGCAAGUGGGUCCCCUGGUCGACCGGCAGAUUUUCCGCUUCAGUGAGGAUGGCAUGGUCAAUGCACGCUUUGAUUAUACUUAUGACAGCAGCCUGCGUGUCACCAGUGUACAAGGCGUCAUAAACGAAACGCCACUUCCCAUCGACUUAUAUCAGUUUGAUGACAUCUCAGGAAAGGUUGAGCAGUUUGGAAAGUUUGGGGUGAUCUACUAUGAUAUAAAUCAGAUCAUAUCCACUGCAGUCAUGACAUAUACCAAACACUUUGAUGCACAUGGACGCAUCAAGGAAAUCCAGUAUGAGAUAUUUCGGUCACUCAUGUACUGGAUUACUUUCCAAUAUGACGAUGUGGGCAGAGUCACCAAGCGAGAGAUCAAGAUUGGUCCUUUUGCUAAUACAACCAAGUACAGCUAUGAGUAUGAUGUGGAUGGCCAGCUCCAGACUGUAUUCUUAAAUGACAAAGUGAUGUGGCGCUAUACAUAUGACCUUAAUGGAAAUCUGCACUUGUUGAAUGCAGGAAACAGUGCCAGACUUUUACCUCUGCGUUACGACCUGCGAGACCGCAUCACCCGGCUUGGAGACAUCCAGUAUAGAAUGGAUGAAGAUGGUUUUCUUCGUCAGAGAGGAGCAGAAAUCUUUGAGUACAACUCUAAAGGCCUUUUGGUACGGGUUUAUAGCAAGAGCAGCGGCUGGACAAUUCAGUAUCGUUAUGAUGGACUUGGCCGAAGAGUAUCCACAAAGAGCAGCCUGGGCCAGCACCUGCAGUACUUUUAUGCAGAUCUGAGCUAUCCGGCUCGAAUAACACACGUAUACAACCACUCAAGUUCAGAGAUCACCUCACUCUACUAUGACCUUCAAGGCCACGUGUUUGCUAUGGAGAUCAGCAGUGGAGAGGAGUUCUAUAUUGCUUGUGAUAACACCGGCACACCUCUGGCUGUCUUCACAAGCAACGGCCUCCUGGUCAAACAGCUUCUAUACACAGCAUAUGGUGAGGUCUACUUGGACUCUAACCCAGAUUUCCAGCUUGUGCUCGGGUUUCACGGGGGUCUUUAUGAUCCUCUAACUAAACUGUUGCACUUUGGGGAGAAGGAUUACGAUAUAAUGUCUGGAAGGUGGACCAUUCCAGAUGUUUCUGCUUGGAAAAAAAUUGGCAAAGAGCCAGUCCCUUUUAAUCUGUACAUGUUCAGAAAUAACAACCCCAUCAGCAAAGUCCAUGAAGUUAAAGAAUACGUUGCAGACGUUAACACCUGGCUAGUAACUUUUGGUUUCCAUCUUCACAACACCAUUCCUGGUUUUCCAGUCCCAAAGUUUGACUUGAGCAUGCCAUCGUAUGAACUGAGGAAGAGUCAGCUGUGGGAUGAUCUGCCGUCUAUCUCUGGGGUCCAGCAGGAAGUAACCAGACAAGCACACUCUCUCUUGUCAUUCGAGCGGCUGCCAGAGGUCCAUCUCAAUAGAGGUCGGAGAGGUGAAAAGUCUUGGCUGUGGUUCUCAGCUGCAAUGUCUCCCAUCGGAAGGGCUGUUAUGUUUGCCAUCUACAAGGGCAGUGUCCACACUCACACACUCAACGUGGCCAGUGAGGACUGUAUCAAGGUUGCAUCAAUCCUCAACAAUGCUUUCUAUCUGGAAGACCUCCACUUUACUAUAGAAGGGCGAGACACCCACUACUUUGUCAAGCCAGGCCUUCCAGAUGCUGACCUUGCUGCGUUACACCUCACUAGUGGACACAAGACUCUUGAGAAUGGUGUCAAUGUGACUGUUUCCCAGUCCACCACAGUCAUGGACAGUCGAACUCGGCGAUUUGCAGAUGUGGAGAUUCGUGCUGGUGCUCUGGCUUUCCAUAUCCGCUACGGAUCCACAGUGGAUGAGGAGAAAGCGCGAGUUAUCGAGCUUGCACGUCAGCGUGCCCUGGCAGGCGCAUGGGCCAAAGAGCAGCAGCGAGUGAGGGACGGUGAGGAAGGGGUUCGCCCCUGGACAGAAGGGGAGAAGAGGCAGCUUCUGAGUAGUGGCAAAGUUUUGGGAUAUGAUGGGUACUAUGUGCUUUCCAUCGAGCAGUACCCAGAGCUAGCAGACAGCACUAAUAACAUCCACUUUCUUCGGCAAAGUGAAAUUGGGAAGAGGUAACAAUACCAGGUGUACUUUCUGCCAAAGAGACUUUGUUUUGGUGGAGACACUCCAGUCGACAGAAAUAAAAGCAACUUUAAUUAAUAGUUGCUGGUGAGUGCCCUGAGUGUUAUUGUGUUUUUGUAUAAAAAUAGAAAAAAAAGGAACAAAGAAAAAAGAAAAACAAAAGAGGAGAAAAACAGAAGUAGUUAAAAACAAUGCUGUGCAUUGUGACCUGGACACUACAGAGUAAAUGUUCAACUACGCUACGCCUUAACAUGGCAGUUACAGGUCAGUUCCUCUGUAGCACAAGCCUUCUGGACUCUGAAACAGAGGAAUAGUGGUGUCUUUAAGGAAUCAGUGAGCUAAUUUAGGUGUUUGGGUUUUUUGGUUUUUUUGUUGUUUUCAUCAAGGAAAGUUGGGUCAACAAAUUAUUGUAAGAGCAGAGGAAAUGUUUACAUUAUGCAUAUCUGCACUUCUCUAGAAGUACCAGGCUCGUGGGUGCAGUCCCAGAGCAAGCAGUGUCCUUGAGUAUUUGUUUUGUUUUGUUUUGAAAUCAGAGACUUCUGAUUAUAGAAAUAUUCUCACCAAACAACCACUAUGUAUACCAGAUUUAGCACUGUAAACAUCAAAAUGUCUUAUUCUUGUUGAGAUAAUUUUAAACAGAAAAAAAAAGAAACGUGUUUAAAUGCGGUACCUGAUAUUCAUUGUGAGAAAAAAAAGAAAAAAAGAAAAAAAAACAACAACAAAAGGACAGCAGAGGUAUGAAGAACUUUGCCCGGUGGGACAAAGCACAGCUUUGUCUUGGAUAGCACAGGGACACCACAUUUUGUAAAUUAUGCAAGAGUUUUAUGGCAUUUUUUUAAGAAACUGAAUAAAUGUCUGUACUAGUCAUCUUAACAGUAAUUUAUGUUGUGUUUAUACAUAAAUAAAGUCCAGCUGAUUUUUA